AUGAUCUUUCGUCGGGCGGCAUUGAAGCCAUAUCUGGCUGAAUUUCUCGGCACUGCACUGCUCAUCGUCAUCGGAGAUGGAGUUGUCGCUCAGUGCCUGUUGUCCGACUACACCUACGGCACCUGGCUGUCCAUCAACAUCGCCUGGGCCUCUGCUGUGUGUCUCUCUGGCUAUUUAUCUGAUCCCAGCCCGACUAUCAACCCUGCCGUGACUCUUUGCCUUGCUCUUGUGCGCCCAUCCGAAGGACAGUGGAAACAAAUCCCGGGGAAGCUGGCUGCGCAGUUCCUAGGCGGGUUUGUCGGCGCUGCUAUCGUAUAUAUCAACUAUCGGUCGGCGAUCAAAGCUUGGGAUCCCGAAUAUACAAUCCCUGGUGGAUCAAUCCUAAGCCCGAUCGGCCACCAUUCAGCGGGUGUCUUCGCGACCUACCCAGCUUCGUUCUUCGAGUCGAACUGGGAGGCUGUAUUUUCCGAGGUGCUGGGCGCAGCUGUGCUGAUGUUUGGCUCUCUCAGCAUCUCCGAUCCGGGAAAUACCCGUCGAUUCCCCGCUCCACAGAUGGCUUCCUUUUUGCUGCUGCUUAUGAUUGGAGCGGCAUUGGGCUGGCAGACUGGCUAUGCCAUUAACCCAGCUAGAGACUUCGGCCCGAGAUUGUUCUCCUCCAUUAUCUAUGGCCGAGAGGUCUUCACGGCAGCCAACUACUAUUUUGCUGUCCCCCUCUUCGCCCCUAUCAUCGGCUGUAUUUUGGGCGCGGCGACUUACGACGGGAUGCUGUUCGAGGGAGAGGGGUCACGCGUUACCGAUGCGCUGGAUAAAGUCGAGGGUCGCGAUUAUCUUCAACUGCAGUGA